CGUGUCACAAGUCAGAAGACGGCAUCGGGCACGGCCGCCUUGAAUUGGUCCGUGCGGCGGCGGCUGCGGGAGGAGGAGGAAGAGGUAGGCGAGGGGAUGGCGCAGCCGAGCAAGGAGCCGUGCAAGAAGGAGGCGUGCGACAUCCAGGCCUGUCUCUCCAAGAACAUGUUCCACUCCAGGAAGUGUGUGAGAGUUAUUCAGUUACUUCAGUCAUGUUGUGAGCAGUGUGAGUACAAAUCAACACACUGCGGUUCCUUGUCUGGAUUACUUAAGAACAUUUCAAAGUGAGGAAACAAUACCGAUACUGCAACAACUAAAUAAAAGUUCUUUACGGUUAGCUUAGGAGUUCCAGGGGGCAUCAAUCUCUCAUGGAUUAAGGAUGACUCGGAGGGGCAUCAGUAAUGCGGCCAUCCUCAACCUGAAUGAUGCUCUGGUUGCUUAGUUGUUCGGUACUAAGUUGAAUAGCAGAUAAAUGUUUGUUUAUGAUCAAUUCCAGCGUCUGUCUACUUGUGGCAUCGUUCAUACUUGUGCUGUUCUACACAUGUAAUCCCCAUCCUCUUCUUGAAUAGCUAAAUAAAUGAACCCCAUGUAUACUGUACAAUUAUCCAUACAGAGAUAUUGUAGUGACCCCCAAAGUUCCUUUUCCCAUUUCAAUGCUCA